AUGGCCGAAGACCUUGAACAAGCCCACUCACCUGCUCGACUUCCUCGACCGUGGGCUCCGGCGGACUCUUGCUGCCCGAGGCGGCAGCUCAACUUCUCGCCGACUGACCGUGUGAAGCGGGCGAGUUCCGUGUGGCGGAUGGGUCAGGAGAAUGGCAGGCCGAUCCCAUUGCUGCACUCGCUAGGCCGCCACAUGCUGGGACACUGGGCCCGAAGGUGGUGUGCAGUACAUCGACACGAAGAUGGUUCACAGGGCAACAACAAUAAAAAGUCAGGGCGCUCUGCUCUGUUGCCACGACGUGAUAAACAGGAAUAA